AUGGCACCUUUAACAAGCAAACUCAAUGACACGAAAAGACAAAUCAAAAAAAGAAAAAUACAUCACCAGACCUUAAUACAUAGAGCAAUACCUAGAAACAAUUCAGAGUCAACCGAUGUCUCUUCCGAGGCAUCCGCAGCGAUACCAACAAAUAUUAUAUAUCCACUUCCAACAUCAACCAGUAGUAGCAAAACAUCACCGUACCCCACAAAAACGCCGAGUAUAAUGAUUUCAUCAACAGCAAGUAUAUCAGAAGCAACGAUACGCUCAUUCAAACCAUUCAUCGUUCCCACCGUAUUAAUAAUCGCGGGUUUCUGUCUAUUAACAUUUCUUUGUUGUUGUGUUCGAUGGAAUCGCUUCAGCAAAAAGAAUAAAAAAGUUGAAUCAUUAGAAAAAGAGAAGAAAAAUUUAUCCAUGUAUAAUGGAAAGCCGGCAGUAAUAGUUUGUGGAGGUGUUGGAAAUCAUCGUUGUAGUAAUUGUGGAACUGUUGUUACUGAUGAAUCAGAAGGAUCCGAAGACGAUUAUUCGAAUGGUACCAUGGAUGAAAACGAAUGGAUGACCAAAAGAAAAUCAGAUGCAGUGAUUGUUACUAGUCCUGAUAAUUCGAAUCAACGUUUAACCAUAGCGAAGAAUAAAAAUCUAGAUAACUCGAAAUUAGAUAGACGCGUCAGCUUCAAGGUCGACAGCAAAGAGCCAAAAAAACCAAAAAGUAGUAAUAACCAACUUGGUAUCAGAUUAGCAGCUAAUUCACCAACAAGUCAAACAAGUCAAUCGGCAUUCACUGAAAUUGUCGAGACAGAAGCUGAUAAUAAACCUAUUAGUUUAUUACUCUCCCCUAGUCAUCGUAGUAGUACUGACAACCAGAAUGAUGACGACGAUGAUGACGUGUCUUCAAUUGAGAUUGAUCCAAAAUCACCCUCGGCAUCACCUUUACAAAGUAACAAUAUUCCAUCCUCAACAAUCAAUAAUAACGUCGAUGAUAUUCGAAGAUCUCCAUCUCCUUCGCCGUCUUCAAGUUCACAACAGCAACGUAAAAUUCCAUCUGGUAAUAAUUCACCUACAUUAAGAGCAUCUUCUGGAUCCUCAACACCGAUUGCUGUUAUGCGACCGGCAAACAGAAGUACUACAUCGUUAAUCAUGCAACAGAAUAACAUCUACGCGUCAAGAACUUUGGUCUUUCCAUUACCUCCUAACACUAAUCAUAAUUGA